AUGGAAACACCGCCUAUUGUGAUUGAUAACGGCUCCUACGAAAUCAAGUUUGGUCCUUCCACAAAGAAGGAACCGUUUCGAGCUUUGAAUGCAUUGGCCAAAGAUAAAUUUGGGACGUCAUAUUUAUCAAACCACAUCAAAAACAUCAAGGAUAUAUCGUCUAUCACUUUUAGGAGACCACACGAACUGGGACAGCUGACAUUAUGGGAACUGGAGAGUUGUAUAUGGGAUUAUUGCCUUUUCAACCCUUCAGAGUUUGAUGGAUUUGAUCUAAAGGAGGGGAAGGGUCAUCAUUUGGUUGCUAGCGAGAGCUGUAUGACCUUACCAGAACUAAGUAAACAUGCUGACCAGGUGAUAUUUGAAGAAUAUGAAUUCGACAGUCUUUUCAAGUCUCCUGUAGCAGUCUUCGUACCAUUUACCAAGUCAUAUAAGGGUAAAAUGAAAACAAUCUCAGGCAAGGACGAAGACGCCGACAUCGUUGCUAGCAGUUCAGACGGCACGACAUUCACAUCUAGCGAGUCCAAGGAUGCGCAGAAUCCCAACAGCGAUUACUAUGAUUUCCAAUUGGUUAUUGACUCUGGUUUUAACUGUACUUGGAUUAUUCCCGUCCUGAAGGGAAUACCGUACUAUAAAGCGGUAAAAAAAUUGGACAUUGGGGGCCGUUUCCUCACUGGGUUACUAAAAGAAACGUUAUCAUUUAGACACUACAACAUGAUGGAUGAAACCAUACUUGUUAACAAUAUCAAAGAACAAUGUUUAUUUGUUAGCCCGGUGUCCUAUUUUGACAGUUUCAAAAUAAAGGAUAAGCAUGCACUAGAAUAUGUGCUUCCUGACUUCCAAACAAGCUUUCUUGGUUACGUAAGAAACCCUAGAAAAGAAAACAGUCCGUUACCAGAGGAUGCACAGACCAUAACAUUGACAGAUGAGCUUUUCACAAUACCAGAAACUUUUUUCCAUCCAGAAAUUUCGCAGAUUACAAAACCAGGCAUUGUGGAGGCAAUUCUAGAGAGCCUUUCCAUGCUGCCAGAGAUAGUACGACCUCUCAUGGUAGGAAACAUCGUAUGCACCGGAGGAAAUUUUAAUCUUCCCAAUUUCGCUCAACGGCUUGCAGCAGAGUUACAAAGGCAAUUACCCACAGAUUGGACUUGUCAUGUCUCGGUGCCCGAAGGUGAUUGUGCUCUGUUUGGAUGGGAAGUGAUGUCACAGUUUGCGAAGACUAAUUCCUAUCAGAAAGCGAGGGUCACAAGAGAAGAAUAUUAUGAGCAUGGUCCUGAUUGGUGUACCAAACACAGAUUUGGUUACCAGAAUUGGAUAUAA